AAGAGAAGAAGGAGGAACGAUGGCAGGGGUUGAGGUACCCUGGAGGCCACCACGGGUGUGUGAUGUCUACUGGAGUGAAUUCAGACACUGUAAGAGUUUACAAAACUGCUUCCAUCACUACUACACGUACGGAAAAUCACCCGUCUGCCAGCAGUGGAAGGAGGACUUUGAGGUGUGCAAAGAGUGGGAGAGAACCCACAGUCCACAGGCUAAGGAAACUCUACAGAAAAGUGAACAGAGUCGAGUGUCUGAACAGAGGAACUUCACUCCGGUUUGGGAGAUGAGAAAAAGCCCACCAGCUGACUGGCACUUACCUCUCGAUCAGGACAAAACACAGGACCCUUAAAGCUGCCCAAACCCACAAUCUGCCCACCGCGUCCAUCCAAAUGAUAAAGACUGCUAUUAAAGAUGUAGAAAUUUGCUACUUUCUUUUAACCAAUAAUUAAUGACAAGUUACAGUGGCAGUUUUUAUGCUUUAUUAAAUAAAAACAGCUUAACAGUGAACAUGGCAGAACUAGAACAUAAAACUAUAACACCAAAAUCACUUCUGCAUCAUGAAUGUAGAUUUUAUUAGGUAGCUAGUAGCAAAUAAUUUAUUCAUAUUUAAUAAUGAUGCAGUUGGUACAUUAAAGCUCUUUCUGGUGAUGUUAGUUAUUAUAAGAUGGUAAGCAGAGUUCUACUUUUGUGCAGGGACAUUAUUUUUGUCAAAACAAUUGCAACCUGACUAUACUGACACAAAACAGUGGGCUUGGUGGGCAGCACUGUCACCUCACAACAAGAAGGUCCUGGCUUCGAUUCUCUGUGUGGAGUUAGCAUGUUCUCCCCAUGUCUGUGUGGGUUUCCUCCAGGUGCUCUGGUUUCCUCCCACAGCACAAAGACAUGCAGUCAAGUUAAUUAGACCUACUACAAAUUGCCUUGUUGAGUGUGUGUGUGUGUGUGUGUGUGUGCGUCUGUCUGCUCUGUUGUGGACUGGCAACCUGUCCGUGGUGUUUCCUGCAUUUCACCCAAUGAAUCAGACCCACUGUGACCCUGACCAGAUUAAAGUAGUGGUAAAACAAUGACAAUGAAUAAAUGACUGCUCAGAUUACAGAAGCACCACACAGAAACUACCGCAGUCUUGAGUUCUUGGAGAGAUCUGUACCUUCGCUUGCAGUUCAAAUAAAACAUUAUAAAUCAUUAUGCAAAA